UCCGAGAGUGAUGUCAGCGUCAGGUGACCAGAAGGCGGAAGUUAAAUGAAAACGGUAGAAAGGUUACAGAAGUUUUCUUCAAACAAAUAUCCUUGUUUAAGGGCUUAGUUUUGCAAAUUUCUUUUGUACGUCACCGUGUUCAAUGGCGUCGAGCUACACGAAGGACUCCAUCUUUCUCGGAAGUAUAAUACCGACAGAGAUUGAGUCGAUGUGCAGAAACCUGAAGGAUCUGGAUCACGAAAUGUUCAGAAAAAUCCUUAAAGCUGUGGUCAGUGCAUUGGAAGGAAAAGACUGCAGAGACACGAUGAAGGCUAUAGCGGAGAGCAGUGCCAUUCCACAGGAGAGACUCAGUCACAUCAUAGCUGGGAUGUACAGGCUGUUAUCUGAGGCCAUCCGCAUCCCUGUGUCGUCACUCAAACAGGAGGUUUUUAAAGAUGACCUGAGAGAAUUAAGAAUACCCGAGGAGUUUGUUACAGAUUUCUCCAGUGUGGUUUAUGGCAGUCGGCGUGCAGCAUUGGAGAUGGCAGCCGCCCAGAGUGAUCCUCACCUUCCUACAGUAGAAGAAUUUAAAUGGAGAGUGGAUGUUGCUAUUUCUACCAGCUCUUUAACCCGAGCCCUGCAGCCUUCCGUACUGAUGCACAUGAAGCUGUCGGAUGGAAGUUUUCAUCGCUUCGAGGUUCCUGUGUCGAAGUUCCAGGAGCUCCGCUACAACGUUGCCUUGAUCCUUAAAGAAAUGAAUGAUGUAGAGAAGAGGAGUAUUCUAAAAAUUCAAGACUAAUAUGAAAAUAUUUCAUUUCAAACUUCUUUUUUUUUUUAGUUUUGGAACAUGUUUGUGCGUCAGAAUUUAGAUGUUUGUUGAAAUUUGUCUUUGAAAGUGUUGGUAUCCAACAUACUGUAUGGUGGCGCUAGGCUCUAAUAAAUCAUAGGUGAAAAAGUAGUCCACAGUCUGGACUACAGCUUGAUCUGUGGACUGGGCUGCAGCCCACGGCGCUCUCAGAUUCGUGGCCACUAAGACUUCGACUGGUGUCAGGUGAUUUGUUUUUGAGACUAAACAUUUUGUAUGUAUUGAUCAGUGAUAGUUUUUUUUUUUCUACUCUUGAUUAAACAGUCUUCAAAGCAUUGACAUUUUAACAAUUGUUCUUGUCAUGGAAUUAAAAUAAAAACUGGUGUUAAUUUAUUUUUUUCUAUUUUU